AAUUUUCACUAAUGGGAAGCAACAUUGCUCCUGAGUGCCAUAGCUGUUUAUUCCGGGAAUAUAUUUAUUCCAAUUUAAGUACCAGGAACACCUGAUAUAUUGAAACUGGAUGAUGAAUUGGCAAUUUUAAUUUUUUUACAAACUUACAUACAUGCACUGUUUCUGUGAUUUACCCCAAGAAAUGCAUGGAAUUCUAAAGUAGCAACACUGCGCUGGUGUGGACUACUAAAUGCACGGAUUGCGCACGAUUAUCUUAGACUAAGCGCGCGGCAUACUAACAUAUCAAGAUUUCUGAUUGUUUUCUAUAUUUUAAGCUAGCAACGCCACAGGAAAACAUCUUUAUACUUAGUAAUCAAAUUAUAUUAAACUAGAAAUUGCGCAAAAAAAAAACAGUUACAAUUUCAAUACAGGUUGCAACUUGCCUAUACUAAUAUGUAUAGGUAUGGAUAGAAAAGCGAGCAUACAAUAUAUGCUCUCAAGCAUAUAUUGUUGAUAUAACGCGAUUAUAUCUUUUUCACGUUUUGCAGUCAAAUUAAUAAUUUUAUAUCAAUCGAUGAGUUCAUCGAUCAAAUUGAAAAAUAAAAAAUGUUUUAUCACUCCAGAUAAGAUAAACACAAGAGGCCGUUCCAUUUUCGCAAUAACCUCACAGAAACACUACGAAUGACACGUGUAGUUUAGUUGUAUGUGCUGUAAUUUACAAAAAGAAAUAUAAUGGACAGUGAACUUCAGGAUACUAGUUUACAAAAACCAGAGACUGAAUUAAAAAAAAAACGCAAGAGGAGAAAUCGAGGAAAACAAACACGAAUGUCUGAUGAUGUCGAUAAUGGAUCAUCUGAUUCCAAUGUUGUUGAAGCGGAUGCACUGGACAACGCAAACUCAGAAGAAAUUAUAGAUUUAAUGACUAACAAGUGGGAAAUAGAUGACAGUCCACGCGUUAAUAACGAUAUAAACGAGAAUACUGAAUAUUAUGAAACAUCAAUUGACACAAUCCAUUCGCAGAAUCCGUCAAGGGUUGAAACUGGUCAGCGCUUUUUCUCAGAUGCCAAUGACGAUGAAUAUUAUAGACGAAAAGAUGCAAAUUUGACUGCUGAUAAUAAUGUAAAUAUUUUUACUGGAGUAUCUCAGAAAACGAAUAAUGUAUUUACAACGUAUGAUGGUAUAGCGUCAAGUUGUGUAACAUCAAAUGAAAAUAUCACAAAAAUGGAAAAAUGUUCUAUCACUAGAUUAACUAGUGAAGACGUUGAGAAAUUAUAUCCCUCCACGUCCAGUGCCACGGAAACUGUACCACAACUAUAUAAUGCAAGGGCAUUACCCAAGGAGGCUAAAACUUAUGAAUUAGAAAAUUUUGACAGAAAUGUACUCAUAAUUUUUAAUCAAAAAGAUUUUGGGACACACCAGAGGCUGGGCACUGACGAAGACGUCAAAGCAUUGAAGAAGACGUUUGAAACUUUUAAUUUUGAUGUAUUACCGUACACAGAUCGAACGGUGGCUCAAAUAAAGGAAAUUCUUGAUGCCAUAAGUUGUCAAGAUUUCUCCGACUACGGCUGCGUCGCCAUUGCGGUUCUGACGCAUGGCGAUAUCGACGGCAGUCUGUCUGCUAAAGACGACGACUACCCAGAAAUGGAUAUCAUCAAUACAUUGAAGACGCACAAGAACCACAGCCUGAUCACAAAACCCAGGCUACUUUUCGUACAGGCGUGUCGUGGUCCAAACGCACUAGCCGGGGUACCGGCCUUGCGAAAGGGGAAAGUUAAAAGCAAUUUGUUCUAUGACAGCAAACCUUACACGUUACCCGUGGAAGCGGACAUGCUCGUCGUACACAGCUCAUAUACAGGGAACAGGACGCACAGACACGAGGUCGACGGUUCGUGGUUCAUACAGACAUUAUGCAAAAAAAUCAAUGAAAUGGGACAGACAGACGACUUAGAAACAAUACUAACACAUAUCAAACAUGAAGUGGCUAUCGACAAAGAACAUGAAGUAUAUAACAGAGUGACUGGCGAGUAUGAUAUAAACAAACAAAUGCCUGUCGUGACGACGACACUCAUAAGGAAACUGUAUCUGAGGAGAGAUGCCGCUGAAGGAACCGUCACAUCUAAUACGAGUGAAAUGCCUGGCGCCAUCGCGGUGGACUCGCAUAAUGCUGGAGCCAACCCGGAGCCCUGUUUGUGCACUCUCGACUAUUACAAUUACAUAAGGGACUGUCUAAGGGAGUACGUGCGGGACCACGAUCAGGACACCACGGCCCGUUCGCUGCUCGAUCUCACCAAAACAUUCAAAGACGAGGAAACGUUCAACGCAACGAAGGAACAAUGCGCGUUGACCAUAGCCGACCAUUUGGAACACAGCGUCAAACACUAUGAACGUUACAAAUUUGUAUACAUUAAGAGAAUUUAAUAUACGUAUUUAUUUUGUAAAAGUAUAA